GCCCUGCCCUAGUCAGGCAGUGCAGUAUUUGCAACACCUAUUUUAGCAAUCCAGUAGAGAGAUUGMCAGCAGUCCAGGAGGCUGAACCAGAAGACCACUGUCCUCAAGCUUUUCUGUUUGAAUCUGGCUCCUUUUGGGCUCAUGUCCCAUUAGUGCCCCAGAUGAAGCCUUCCUCUCCUGUGGAUCCUUCUAGUGCCCUUGUUUCUGAGCUAUGGAGCGGAGAUAUAAGAUCAAUGUUAAAAGCAGSAUUCCCAGUGUUGAAAUACUGUUGAUCUGGAUGCAGCUAGAUGCUGUGGUGAAUGACAGAGCUGAAGGACCAUGGUCUACCAAAGAUUGUCUUCUUUGCCUUGCUGUGAGUAUGAUGUUCCUCCUUCCGUCUUCUGUGKCAGGGUGCAUUGUGAGCAGCAAGCAUGAUCUUGGCAACACACAGCCAUGAGUGCCAGGACUCAGUGAUCUGAAGUGUGUCUUCAGCUGACUUCCCAGCGGCAAGGCGCUAUCGAUCCUGCACCAUGGAGGACUGCCUUCACACCUCCUCCGAAAACCUCUCCAAGCUGGUGAGCUGGGCCCACAGCCACGGCACCAUCUGCAGCCUCAUCCCCAACCUCAAGCACCUGCUUUCCGAGGGGGCCCAUGGCAACCUGACGGCCAUGUGGGGCUGCAGUGCCGGCCACGCGUACCACUGGCCCCUGGCCGCCACUUGCCGGGCCGGCUCCCAGGAGCGCGUCUGCUUCCAGGACAGCCGCAGCUUCAACUCGGACAGCCCCAGCAUGCUGGGGGUGCCAUCGGAGGCGCAGGCCAGCCCCCUGGAGCGCUACCCAGGCCGGCCAGGGAAGGCCAAGCUGGAUUGCACCCGCACUCGUGACUCCUGCGACUUCUCCUACUGCAGCGAGCCGUCGGAGCUGGGCGAGCCUGUGGAGGAGUACGAGGAUGAGGCCACCCUCUUCGACAUGGUCUGUGAGUCCUCUGUCACYGACGAGGACAGUGACUUUGAGCCGCACCCGCACCGUGCUCCGGCCGGCCCUCGCAAGCGGCCGGCUGCCGCCGCCCAGGCCCAGGCGCAGCCCGCUGAUGAGGGCGGCGGCGAUGUGCUCCUCAAGAAGAUCAAGCAGGAGCUCCCUGAGGACUACUACAUAGUGGCCAACGCCGAGCUGACGGCCGGCGCUGAUGGGCCGGCCCUGGCCCUGACGCAGAUGUCCAAGCCCAAGCCACAGCCGCCUGCCGGACCUUCCUGCCUGGGACCCACCAGGAGCGUGCCCCCGGCAGCCCCGGGUCCCGACCCCGACCCACAGCGGCUGUGCGCCUCCCCUCCCGGCCCGCCCCGCAUGGCCACGCAGCGCCCGCCCCGGGGACCCUUGGCCUCCCCGGCGCGGGGAGCAGGCGCUGGCCCCGUGGCCGCCCUGCAGGUGCCAGCCACCAGCUCCAACGCCACCACCACGGCUGGGAAACCCAUCAGCAUCCCCCUGUCAGCCCUGCAGCUGCCUGGUCAGGAGGAGCCACCGGCUGCUGAGGAGACCCUCCCGUCUGUGCCACAGCUGGCCCCGGGUGGCGAGGUGGCCGGCUCUCCCUCGGUGAGCACUGAGCCUGAGGUYAGCUCCAGCCAGCAGCAGCCCCACGCUGUGCCCACCAACACCCCCGAGGCAGCGGCGCAGCUGAUGCCAGACCAGGAUGAGAGAGCAGCAGAACUCAGCAGGGAGCAGAACGAGAAGACCAUUCGCAGCACACAGACAGCUCUCCGCAAUUUCCGAGAAUUCCUCAUUUCCAAGUACCCCUCUGAGACCCGUGAGAUCUAUGUUAUCCCCUGCAAAGAGCUUGAUGCCUAUCUUGCUUCCUUCUUCGUGGAUGCCAGACAAAAGGAUGGGUCUGAAUAUGAGCCGAACAGUCUGGCCAACUAUCAGUGCGGACUGGAGCGGUAUCUCAAAGAGCACAGGUAUGGAUACAGUAUUACAAGGGAUAAGGAGUUCAAGAGGUCCCAGGAAGCUCUAAAGCAAAAGCAGAUAGAGCUGAGAUGUAAAGGAAAAGGAAAUAAGCCACACAAAUCCAUGAAGCUUACCUUUGCUGAUGAGCUUAUCUUGCGCAAAAGAGGCUUACUGAGCCGGUACAAUCCUGAAGGGCUGCUGAACCUCGUGUGGCUCAACAACACUAAGGCGUUUGGACACUGCACGGGUUUCCAUGGGUCCACCCUCAAGUGGGGAGACAUCCGGCUGCGGGUGACAGAGACUGGGUUGGAGUACCUGGAGUGGAUGGGGCCGGACAACGGGGAUGUGAGUGCCAAGAGCAAGAGAGGCGGGACGGACUCGCGGGUGUACGCCACCCAGCACUCCCCGCAGACCUGCCCGGUGCAGGACUACAAGGAGUACGCGCAGCGGCGCCCUCCGGCCAUGCGCUACGAGGAUGCGCCUUUUUACCUGUCCAUCAAACCCGUCGUCAACUUGGCUGCUCUUCACUGGUACAAUUGCCAAGCCCUGGGGAAAAACAAGCUUGCCAAGAUGGUAAAGACRAUGUGUGAGAAAGGCAACAUCCCCGGCCGCAAGACCAACUUCAGUGUCUACCAGAGCUGCAGCACCCUCUCUGAAGCGCAGAGCAACCAGCUGGUGCUGAUCUGCAAUAACUUGAGCCAGCAGGCUGCCCAGUCCAUGGCAAGCCACUCCAAUUCUGGCAACUUCAUAGUGUCAGCAUCCUAUGACUCUUCAUCUGACACAGCUUGAAAGAACACCAAACACUAUUCUUUUCCUUUUAGUUUCAAGCAUUGAAUUUGUGCUCAGUAAUACACAUCAACUGUGAUUGUACACUAUUCCCCUUCAUAGCCCUCUCUCCAAUGUUAAUUCACUUUAUAAGAAUAUAUAAACAUAUAAUAUAUUUUUGUUUUACAAAUAAGUCAGCAGAAAUAGUUUAGUAUUGCUAACAGUAUUUAUAGUGUUAAUGCAAAAAUGAAAGGUACAUAUGGGUUAUAAUAUGAAUGCAGAUUUUAAAAGGAUAAAAAUGGUUCUCAGGCAACACAAAAGAGACUGGAAAUACCAUUUUAACAUGCACACAUUAAUGAGUGUAAAUCCCCAGGGAGGCUUAUGUAGCAAUUCUGUUAUGAAGCAUUGUUUCAACUUAGUAUUUUAACAUGACCUCCCACAGUGGAGGAGACAAACUCAACAUUGGCUGCUACUUCUUACCUGCUAGCUUAUUCUUGAUCAGCAAGACCAAGAAAUAAGAAAUACAUUAAUGUAAAUUCACAAAAGCAUUUACAGCAUUUUUUGGUCUGUUUUUAUUAUGUUUCCUGAGGCUCAUUUAUGCUAAAAAAAUCCUGAGGUCAGCUAAAGGCUGUCUUUAACUUUUGGGUUUGUUGAUAUUCUGGGAUCAAAAUGUUGCUGGUGUUUAGGCUAAAAAGUAUUGUUAUCAAGAAUAUGCAAAAGUAUAAUGGCAAAACCAUUGUCACAUACAUAAUUUUACCUCUUUAAACAUAGGUUGUUAGUAUUUUGUUGCUGGAUGUAUGUAAUAUAAAAUCUAUUGACAUAGAGUAUUCUUUCAGUAUUCUGGGAAAACCAACAGUGAAAAAAAAUCUGCAGUCUUAUCCCAAGCUGUACAGAAAAAUUGCAUCAGCUUUUCAGUCUGAAGCCAUCAUUUGAAAUCCACAAAACAAUAGAGAGUGUAACAAUAAUUUUUACAGAAUUUUUAAAAGAAUUUCUACAGAAAGUUAAAAAGUUGGGUAGUUCUAAGUGCUGGAAUACCAAUUUUACUUAGCUGCACAUCAACUGUUUCUGUUACAGACAAUAGAAAAUGUGCAUGUGAAUCUGAAGGCAGAAUUUGGAUCUAAAAGCCUUGAAAUAACAAGUUCUGCUGUUCUACUUUGUAGUGUAGUUGUUCUACUACAAGUAUGGGGAGAACACUAACAAAUUCACUAUUUCGGUGAACAAUUAUAAUUCUUGACCCUUAAAAUUAGGUACAGUACUUUACAAUCAACUAAACUUAGUGUAAGUUUUACAAGGAUGUGCUAGGGCUGUGGGGAGACUUUAGACAAGUCUGCAGGAGUAAUCUAGUGCCUGCUGAAAUCAGUGAAAGAGACAACCUCAGCUGGCUACCCCUGGGUAUUGGACCAAACUGUUACUGAGAGGCUCUCUUGUUUUACAAUUUUUAAUUGUUGUGUUUCUUUAUGCUUGACUGUAUUUCUUCACAUUCCUGUAUAUCUUUCAUAUUCUUUAGAUCUGCAACUGUGCAAUGACUUUAAUUAUCACUAGUUCCAAAGAAGAUGUGAAACAAAGGUAGCAAAUAGAAAUAAGCCACUUGGCACCUCUACCCUUUAUUCUGUGUUCCUAGGAUGAAAUGUUCCUGUGUGCAGGAGGUGGCAGAGUGUCUGCAUCUCACUUAAGCCUUACUGAAGGUCUGUUUUGGGGAUGAAAUAGGUAGCAGAUAUGCCACUGAAAAUCUUAAGAGCAGAGAUUUCCACUACAAUAAAUAUCUCUCCUCCCAGGAAGCUUUAUGCAGGUGACACAGCCUGGCUCUGAUCUCUUUGUUUUCCACAUGUGGUAAGGCUGGUACGAAGUUUGCGUUUCCUAUGUCUGGCAUGCCAUGGCAGGGUAACCACCAGCUCUACAGUCUUCCAUUUGCCAUCUGUUCUCUCAGGGUAGGCAGUGGACUGGUGAGCACAAGCUGUUCAUAUUGCACAACCCUCCUUUUCUGACUUGGUUUUGGGGCCUGAGACCAAAUUGUGACACUGCUGAAGUGAAUGCAAGUGUGUCCAUGACUCUCAGUGCCAUGGCAUAUCUGACUUGUAGGUGAAGGAGGCAGAAGAGAGAUUUCAGGCGAAGCCAGAAAGACAGCUGCCCAAUUUCCAGAUGAGGCCAAACAUCUGAUUGCUGUUUGCACUGCCUUGCCUUUUCACAGCAGUGCUUUUAGUGUGAUAAUAGUUAAAAAUAGUUUUGCAAGGCCAGUGAUGCUGUGGGAUUUCUUUGCGGUUUUCCACUGAGGAUUCACACAGCAGCGUGUAGCACAUGCUGGAGUGCAAGGGUUCCAUGCCAGGGACCUCUCUCAAGAUGCCGGGUGAGAGCUCAACCAUGGAGCUGCCCUCUGGGGAAGUUUGCUCUCCGUUUCUCCCCCACUGACACUCAUCUCAACACUUCCAAGUGACAACUUUUGCAGUAUCUGAUGUACUUCCCUACAUUUGCUUUCCUGUUCUGCAGUAUGGGGAUGGGUGUAAUCUAACCUUUGUGGGGCAGUAGAUCUGUAGUAGUUUUGACCUCUCCUCCCCUGCCCAGCCCCCCUACCUUUGCUCUGAGGAGGCCGAUCACUGGCUGUGCAUGGGCCGUGCUGCAGGCAGCUGGUUAAAGUGCUGCUUCACAUCAGUGCUGUAAUUCAGCCCCAACACAGACCUCAGAAGAAAGAAGACUGGCACUCGUGGGUUUUGGACUGGGAAGUCAAAGGAAGCAUUUCCCAUGAUGCUUUCACUCCACAUGCUGCCUAAGUUGUUGAUUACCACAGUAUUAGGAUGGCUUGUGCCAGUGUCCAGCAAAAGUAAGGCAACAUCUCCGAUACUCCUGACUUAGCAGGGCACAUCAGCAACCUCUGCUUGUCUGGUUAGGGGAUAAGUUGUGGAGUGUGUGUGCUUAUUGUGAUAGUCUCAAUAUUAUCAUGAGGAAGGUCAAGGCCCAACGGGAAUGAAAUCUGGCCAAGGAUGUUAAAGACAAGGAGCAGGGUUUCUGCAAGUACAUCAAUAACAAAAGUAAAAGGAAGGAUAAUACAGACCUGUUACUAAGUGAAGCGGGGGUAACAGAGGACAUAGAGAAGGCGCAGUUACUGAACACCGCCUUUAUGUUGGUCUUCACUGUCAAGACCAGCCUUCGGGGAUCUCUGGGCCAGGUGACAGGGUAAAGGAAUGCUGGGAUACCUUCCCUUGGUCAAGGAGAAUUGAAUUGGAGAACACCUAUAUAUCCACAAGUCCCUGGACCCUGAUGGGAUGCAUCCACUAGUGCUAAAAGAUCUGCUGGACACCAAGCUGAGGCUGCUCAUGAUCACAAUUGAAAAUUCAUGGAGCUGAGGAGGUGCCUGAAGAUUGAAGAAAGCAAAUCUCACCCCAGUGUUCAAAAAGGGAAAGAAAAAGAACCCAGGGAAGUACUGGCAUGUUAGCCACACCUCAAUCCCUGGAAAGGUGAGGGAGGGCCUUAUUCUGGAGGCCACCUCUGUCCAGAGAAGGUGAUCAGGAUAGUCAGCAUGGAUUCACUAAAGGUAAAUUGUGCUUGACCAACCUGAUUGCCUUUUGCAAUCAGUUAGCUGGAUGGAUGAGGGAGAGCAGUGGAUGUUGCCUUCAGCACAGCUUCCAGCGCUGUCUCUUACAACACCCUCAUAGGCAAACUCAGGAAGAGAGGACUGGAUGAGUGGACAGGGAGGUGGAUUGAGAACUGGCUGGACAGCAGAUCCCAGAGGUCAUCAGUGGCACAGGGUCAGGUUAGAGGCCCGUCCCUGGUGGU